UACGUCAGGUUGGCACAAUCGGAUCACCUCAAACGUCAAAAAGCCAAUGUCUACGAUGCGAACAAGAAAUGGCUAAUGCGAAGAUAAACAAUUCAUUAUUUUCGAUUCUGAUUCUGGGCUGCUUAUUAGAUUGCCACAUAAGCGACGCUGGUGUGACUCCUGGAGCUGUACCCAUCACAACAAAAUGCGAGUUUUUCAACCGUACUUGUUCGGAAAAGAGCGAGGACAAUUGCACCAAUAUCGCUGGUGUCGAGGACUGCAAGCCCCCAGAGCAUGGUAAGAGGAACCACUGCUAUGUGGUGUGGAUGCAAGACAAAAAUGGUACCGACCAAAUCACGCUCAAGGGGUGUUUUUUGAAUGACGAGCAAUGCUACAACAAGACGGAGUGCGUGGGGAAUAGUCGAAAGCACAAACACAUGUUUUGUUGUUGCGAAGGCAACAUGUGCAACGAGAAGUUCAGAUGGGUCCCCAAGCCCAACACGGAGCCUCCACCCUCGAGCACACCAAUGCCCAUACAACACGCACAAAACGACGUCUAUGUAAUGGUCAUGGGGUUCGUGUUCCUGGUGGUAUUCCUGAUUUCGGCCCUCUGCGUCGGGCUGUAUUUGUGGCACAAGAAAAAAUUCUACUUUAAUGAACUUCCGACCACCGAACCCAACCCCGUCCCUCCACCCUCGCCCUUCCUCGACAUGCGCCCCAUCCAGCUCAUCGAGAUCAAAGCUCGUGGCCGCUUCGGCGCCGUCUGGAAGGCCCAAUUCAAAUCCGAAGAAGUUGCCGUGAAGAUCUUCCCCAUCCAGGACAAGCAGUCGUGGCUGUCCGAGCAGGAGAUCUUCAAACUUCCCUACAUGAACCACCCCAACAUCCUCCAGUUCAUCGGCGUGGAGAAGCACGGCGACAACCUCAAAGCCGAGUUCUGGUUGAUCACGGCCUACCACGAGAAGGGCUCGCUGUGCGACUACCUCAAGGGCCACACGCUCACCUGGAACGAGCUGUGCCUGGUGGCCGAGACCAUGGCUCGCGGCCUCAUGCACCUGCACGAGGCCGUGCCCGGCAAGACCCCCCACGACCCCGUCAAACCUUCCAUCGCGCACCGCGACUUCAAGAGCAAGAACGUGCUGCUGAAGAGCAACAUGACGGCGUGCAUCGCCGACUUCGGGCUGGCGCUGGUCUUCGAGUACGGCAAGUCGUGCGGAGACACGCACGGACAGGUGGGAACGAGACGGUACAUGGCGCCGGAGGUGCUGGAGGGGGCCAUCGACUUCAACCCGGACGCGUUCCUGAGGAUCGACAUGUACGCCUGCGGGCUGGUGCUGUGGGAGCUGGUGUCGCGCUGCACGGCCCAGGACGGACCCAUCGGAGAGUAUAGGUUGCCGUUCGAGGAGGAGGUGGGGCCGCAUCCGACGCUGGAGGACAUGCAGGAGUCGGUGGUGCAGAGGAAGGUGCGACCGGUUAUACAGGAGCACUGGAGGCAGCAUCCGGGUAUGGUAGCAAUGUGCGACACAAUUGAAGAAUGUUGGGACCACGACGCCGAAGCCCGACUUUCGGCUUCGUGCGUAAUGGAAAGGGUCAUGUUACAGAAAAGAUACGCACUCUCCUCAUACGGAAUGCGUAUCGAAAACGAAACGUUACUAUCACCACUCAAAGAAAACAGCAUGUAGGCAGCUAGCAGUGAACACAUCGUACCUGCAUCGCUCUAAUAAAGUACCUGGCGCCGAGCAGCCUGUGCCGUGUCUUAGUUACCACACUUGCCUAUUACACAAGAGAUGUAUUUUUAUCGCAGUUUUUCGUUUGUUUUUCCGUUUACGACAACAGUGAUAGCAGUUUGUUCGUUUCAUCGUUAAGAUGCGGCAGUUAUUUUGACGAUUUCCAUACCGAUGUGCCAAUAGAGACAGUGAUUUUUCUACAGAUUUUUAAAGACUGUAUUUUUAUUUUUAAUCAUCGUGUGGUGUUCGGGACGGUCAAGAACAAAAAACGGAAACAGUAGAAACACAAAA